AAUCUGCAGAGCCCUAACAAACAACCAUUAGGAGCAAAGCGUGCCGUCAGGCCGUGCCUUAUUCGCCAUUUCGGUUUUGCAAAUCAUUUUAACCGAUGAAAUUAUGUUUUGCUUUCCCCAAAAAAUAAUGAUUUUCUGCGGAUUCCACCCGCUUUCUUGUGCUAUAUAUGAAUGGCUCGUUAUGACUGUGAAGAGCAAUCCCAUACAAUCAAAUCUUACUCGAUAUGAGAAUUAAAUCAAUGAUUGUAUGGGUCCUCCUCGUUAUUUUGCUUGGGCUCUGCGCAAUCCCCACGCAUGAGCAGCGGCAGCAUAAUGCGCUGAAAAAGUUGCUCAAGGUGAAAAGAUCUCAUGGGAUUAAGCCCACUCAAUGGUCAUCUUCUUCUCACUUGUCUCCUCAUCAUGAUGAGGAAUUAUUGCAGAAGGAGAAAGAUCGGAUAGAGGCUCUCCCAGGCCAGCCAUCUAAUGUCACCUUUCAGCACUAUUCGGGAUAUGUUACAGUUGAUUCGAACAGAGGCAGGGCACUCUUUUACUACUUUGUGGAGGCCAUUGAUGACCAUUCCACAAAGCCUCUGCUUCUCUGGCUUAAUGGAGGUCCGGGAUGUUCAUCGCUGGGAUAUGGAGCGAUGCUGGAAAUAGGACCGUUUCGGGUUAACCCAGAUUGCAGAACUCUUUCUGUCAAUCCUUACGCUUGGAAUCAAGUGGCAAACACCUUGUUUUUGGAGGCUCCUGCGGGUGUCGGAUUCUCAUAUUCUAAUACCAGUGCUGAUUACAAAGAGAAUGGCGAUAAAAGAACAGCCGAGGAUUCUUUUGCUUUCCUGGUAAAGUGGUUUGAAAGGUUUCCGCAGUACAAACAUAGGGAUUUCUACAUAGCAGGUGAAAGUUAUGCAGGAUAUUAUAUACCGGAACUGGCAGAUACAAUUCUUAACCACAAGAACAAAUCUGCCGAUUGGUUUAUAAACCUCAAAGGAAUCAUGGUUGGGAACGGUAUAAUGAACGCUGAGACAGACGGUCGAGGAAUGGAUGACCAUGUGUGGACACAUGCAUUAAUCUCCGACCAAACAUACGAAGCACUGAAAACAUACUGCAAUUAUUCAACAGAAGCUCCAGUUUCCCCUUUGUGCGACAGGUUUGAAAAUAAGACUGCUGAAGAAAUUGGAUAUAUCCAAGAUACAGACAUAUAUGCUCCCGUGUGCAUGCAAUCUUCAUCGUCUCCACACAAUCUAACCACACACUCUGAAAGCAAUCAUGCCAGCAAUGGGUAUGAUCCAUGUGGCGAGAAGUACUUAUACUCAUACCUGAAUAACCCAGAUGUACAAUCAGCAUUUCAUGCAAACAUUACCACCUUACCCUAUCCCUGGGACUUCUGCAGUGAUAUUGUGAGCCCAGAUACGUGGAAAGAUAGCCCUUGGAGUAUGCUUCCCAUUUAUAACAAUCUCAUUGCAAAUGGAUUGCAGAUACUAAUUUUCAGUGGAGAUGUAGAUAUAGUGGUUCCUGUGACUUCUACAAGAUAUUCUAUAAAUGCACUGAAACUCCCGAUUGAGAGUCCAUGGCAUCCUUGGAUGAGUGAUGGCGAGGUGGGUGGAUAUAGUGUUGUGUACAAAGGGUUGACAUUUGCAACAGUGAGAGGAGCAGGGCAUCAAGUUCCCACCUUCCAGCCUGCUAGAGCAUUGACCAUGCUCAACUCAUAUUUACAGGGGAAGCCAUUGCCUUUGUCUAAACACUCCUAAUUACAUAAUAACAAGGAAAUAUUCAUUCUUUGUGCCA